AUGUGUCAGACCAAAAUCCAGCUGUUCGAGAUCCUUCGGUCCCUCGAAGCUGUCCCCGGGGUUCCGAUUGAAACGGGUGCUGAGGUCAAAACCCCGGCUACGUUGCGGAUGCCAGAAGAGGACGAUGAAAUGACGGAAGCGGACGACAGGCCGACAGGCGAGGGGCGGAGGCAGCACGAUGCGGAGCAAGUGGGCGAGACUUUGCGCGUACCGCCCAAGCCAGAAAUCAAGGCGAACGCAUGGCCGCUCGGAACCUGAUCGUUCGGUCUUGACGGAAG